CAAAAAUAACUGUCAUAUUUCUCUUUUGUGCUCAAUUUCAGAGUGUUUGAAAGACAGGAGCCCAAGAGAGGCAGAGAAAAAUUGUGUGUGACAAAAAAAAAUGGCAGCCUCAUUACAAGCUUCAACAACUUUCUUACAACCCACAAAAGUUGCUUCAAGAAACACCCUUCAACUUAGGUCUACCCCAAAUGUUUGUAAGGCUUUUGGUGUUGAACCAGCUUCUGGUAGACUAUGUCUUUCUCUACAAUCUGAUCUUAAAGAGUUAGCUAACAAGUGUGUUGAUGCAACCAAACUUGCCGGCCUCGCUCUCGCUACUUCUGCCCUUAUUGCCUCGGGUGCUAAUGCUGAGGGUGUGCCAAAGAGAUUGACCUUCGACGAGAUCCAAAGCAAGACAUACAUGGAAGUGAAAGGAACCGGGACAGCUAACCAAUGCCCAACCAUUGAAGGUGGAGUUGAUACAUUUGCCUUCAAGGCAGGCAAAUACAAUGCCAAGAAGUUCUGUCUUGAGCCUACAAAAUUUGCAGUGAAGGCUGAAGGAGUGAGCAAGAACGCGCCACCAGACUUCCAAAACACGAAGCUGAUGACCCGUUUAACUUACACCCUCGACGAGAUGGAGGGACCUUUCGAGGUCUCUUCUGAUGGCACUGUGAAGUUUGAGGAGAAAGACGGCAUUGAUUAUGCUGCUGUCACAGUUCAGCUUCCUGGUGGUGAACGUGUGCCUUUCUUGUUCACUGUCAAGCAACUUGUUGCCUCAGGAAAACCCGAAAGCUUUAGUGGAGAGUUCCUUGUACCUUCAUACCGUGGAUCCUCCUUCCUAGACCCAAAGGGUAGAGGUGGAUCCACCGGUUAUGACAACGCAGUUGCGUUGCCAGCCGGAGGAAGAGGAGACGAGGAGGAGCUGCAGAAGGAAAAUGUUAAGAACACUGCUUCUUCUAAAGGUACUAUUACUUUGAGUGUUACUCAGAGUAAGCCUGAAACUGGUGAAGUUAUUGGUGUUUUUCAGAGUCUUCAGCCAUCUGACACUGAUUUAGGAGCCAAGGUUCCUAAAGAUGUUAAGAUUGAAGGGAUUUGGUAUGCACAACUUGAGCAAUAGAGUGUAAUUUCUGUAUGAAAAUGUACUGAUUAUUCAACUCUUUUUGUUGCAUUUCUGGAAAAGAUUUCUAAAACUCUUGAAGAGAAACUGUCAUAAAUGAUCAUUACCCUCCCUUCUUGUA